AUGAACACUCUGUCUGAAGCAAACGGCACCUUUGCCAUCCACCUUUUAAAAAUCCUUUGUCAAAACAACCCUUCAAAAAAUGUAUGUUACUCUCCUGUGAGCAUCUCCUCUGCUCUAGCUAUGGUCCUCUUGGGGGCGAAGGGAGACACUGCAGUCCAGAUGUCUCAGGCACUUUGUUUAAACACAGAAGACGGCAUUCAUCAAAGCUUCCAGAGGCUUCUCAGUAAUCUGAACAAGCCCAACAGAAAGUACUUGCUUAGAAUGGCCAACCGGCUCUUUGCAGAGAUCACUUAUGAAUUCCUCCCAACCUUUAAGGAGUCCUGUCUUCAGUUCUACCACUCGGAGCUGGAGCAGCUGUCCUUUGCCAAAGAUCCAGAGGAGUCCAGGAAGCACAUAAACGCGUGGGUCUCCAAACAGACUGAAGGGAAAAUUCCAGAGUUGCUGUCAGAUGACUCAGAUGAUCUAGAGACCAGGCUGGUUCUUGUCAAUACCUUAUAUUUCAAAGGAAGAUGGCAUGAAGAGUUUGACACAGAAGACACCCGUGAAAUGCCGUUUAAGAUAAAUCUGAAGGAAGAGAGACCAGUGCAGAUGAUGCGUCAGGAAGACAGAUUUAACCUCGCCCACGUGAAUGAAGUACAGGCACAGGUGUUGGAGAUGCCCUAUGAGGGCCUGGAGCUGAGCUUGUUGGUCCUGCUCCCGGAUGAUGGUGUGGACCUCAGCAAGGUGGAAAACAAUCUCACUUUUGAGACGUUAAUGACCUGGACCAAACCUGACUUUAUGAAGAGCACUAUGGUUGAGGUUUUCCUUCCAAAAUUUAAACUACAAGAGGAUUAUGACAUGAAGUCUGUGUUUCAGCACUUGGGAAUGGUGGAUGUCUUCCAAGGCGACAAGGCAGACUUAUCAGGAAUGUCUCCAGAGAAAGACCUGUGUGUGUCCAAGUUUGUUCACAAGAGUGUUGUGGAGGUCAACGAAGGCGGCACCGAGGCUGCAGCAGCUUCUGCUGGAAAAGACGUACUUUACUGUGACUAUGAUGAUGAUGUUCCAACAUUCUGUGCAGACCACCCCUUCCUUUUCUUCAUCAGGCACAACAAAACCAAUAGCCUUCUGUUCUGUGGCAGGUUCUCCUCUCCAUAA